UUCUAAUCGACAAGUCAAUAUUUGUUUUCUUGCGAAACUGUACGAGUUGUUUUGACGGGGAUUAUUCGAGGGAUAAUUUAUGGGUGCUUUUGUCACCGAUUCGCUCAAGACCGCGUUUUUGUAACUACAAUAGCCGAGAAAAUGCAUUUCCACUGUUUGUCGUCGAGUGGAUGAAAUUGAUCGGAAGUGACGUCAGUCCGAUAUCUCGCAACGAAUAAGAUUAUUAGUUUUUUGUCCGUUUCCGGUUAAUUCAAUUGGAUAAAGUGCGCUAAGCACUUGAAACUGUCUUAGUUCAUGGUUUUGCGGUCAUCUAUUUUGGCAGCCACUGGAGUGAGUAAAUAAAAACUCAUUCUGUGCAAAAUUUCCCAGCAAGUCGACAAUAAAGCGGUUGAACACCGCUGUCAACAACUCAAGUGUCGAGUCCUUGAAACAAAUUGCUUUAUAUCGUUUGUCAUUCCGGCGACAAUAUAACAGCAACCCUUUUAUGAUCCCGUCCCUCGCGCUUCAGGUUGGUUGUUGGUAUUUAUUUUUCUAAGCGCGCGAUUUCCGUUCCUAAUCACAGCGUUGCAUUCGAAUCGAAGUGUGCAUAGACCGGAUGUUCUUUAAUUCGUCCCUUGGGACUUCCAACUUCCGGUAGAUCAUUGUUACCAAAGCCAGAUGUUGCUAGGUUCUAUUUAAAUAUUAGACGCAGAUGCGGUGCGACAUUUUGGCGGUUGUAAUCGAAUCCGAUUGGCACACUUGACCCUGUGGUGGGGGUUGAUGACCCUCUUCACUACUCACAUUCAAAGGAACGCGGCCACGAGCUAUCGACCGAUUUUACACGGGACGCGGAAUUCUGACCCUGAAUUGCGGAUGAUGGGCGAGCUCUAUUCACUUUUUAUGACUGUUGUCCUAAAUCCGGGAACGUGUUGCUCCUGCCCGCCCCUAACAGGAUCAAUUUAUUACGUGAUUAUCCUUGGGUUAUCCUGAGAUACGGACCGGAUAGGAGCUAAUGCCCCGUCCCCUGUCACAUAACCGGAAAUAAGCUUUGCCUUACAUCACCCGAAAUCUCUUCUCCAAAAAAGCGAACGAAAUUCGAAUGAAUGACCGUGACGAAUGUUUGACAUACGCUAGGGGUCAACGGAACGCGACAACCACUCCUAAUUAAAGGGGCCGGGACCGGACACGUGUCCGGGUGUCACGGUAAAGCCCUCGCCCCUGUAAUAAUGGUCUUCCAAAAAGUUUACAACUGGGUAAAAUCUUCUCAGUUCCGCUGCUCCCUGUUGGAGUUGGUUUAUAAAGAGCACAAUCGGUUCCAAAAUUGAAUUUCUCCAAUCUCUCCCCUCGAUGCGAUCGUGCAACCCUUCCGGCGAAAAAACCAACCCCAACAAAUAUCUCGGCGAGCUUUCGUAUUUUUCACCCCUCCGACGUGUGCCGAUCCGGUUUCGUCCUAGUCCGGACAGGACUCAAGCGGCUGCGGAAAGGAUCCCGGGCAGUGUGACGUCAUACACGGAAGCAUCUCUACCGUUCCGUCCAUGCCGUUUUACCGGUUCAUUUUUCGACUGUGCUGUGUUAGAUUACGUUUCGAACUUUACUAUUACAUGAUCAGGAAGUGGUGGUAGAUGGGUGCCACAGUGGGACAUGUUCAAAGCGUGGAAAUUUGGAAAGGGUCUGGACCCCAGCAACUCGACGCCCCUGCGUCCGUUGACUUCGGAGAUCGCCGCUCCGAGGAUCGACAGUUACCGCUUUUCGAUGGCGAAUCUCCAGGACUCGCAGGAUGUAGACCUGGACGCCAUCCUCGGCGAGUUGUGCGCCCUUGAAACGCAGUGCGAGAGGGAGAUCGGACAUGCACGGGAUAGCAAGCGACUCUCAGGUGACCAGAAAAUGUCACAGCACAUGUCCAGGACGCACAGCAGGUCGUCGUCAGAGGGGCCCAGACUGAAAUUGGACGCCGGGGAGAGCGAUCUAAUGUCAAAGACUGAUUCAGUUCGGACGGAAUCGCCAGAUAAUGAUUCCGCUUUUAGUGAUACUGUUUCGAUGUUGUCGAGUGAGUCGUCGGCGAGUAGUGGAGGCUCGGGGUCCAAGCCACAAACCCUCCACCUGCAGAAUCUUCAGGAUGAAGCUUCAAGGGUCAAGGCGGAGAAGAUCCGAAUGGCAAUGGAGAAGAUCAAAGAAGCCAACAUCCAGAAAUUGUUUGUUAAAGUUUUCACAACGGAUGGUUCCGCUAAAUCUUUACUAGUAGAUGAGAAAAUGUUAUGUUCGUAUGUUACAAGGUUGUUGAUGGAUAAGAAUCACGUGGAGGCCGACCCCAAAUGGGCCAUUGUUGAGCAUCUACCAGAACUGUACAUGGAGAGGAUAUACGAAGACCACGAACUACUUGUCGAUAAUUUAAUGGUGUGGACGCGCGAUUCCAAAAACAAAAUUUUCUUCUCCGAACGGCCCGAAAAGAACAAAAUGUUUCUCGAGCCUGAGAAAUUUCUCUUAUCAAUCACUGAUAAGAAAGAUGGCUUGGAUUACGACGAACAUUCGCGUAAUAUGCUUCUGGAGGAGUUUUUUUCAAGCGGAUCGUCAAGCGUCCCCGAAGUUGAAGGUCCCCUCUAUCUCAAAGCCGACUCCAAGAAGGGUUGGAAAAAAUACCAUUUUGUACUUAGAGCCUCAGGCCUAUACUACUUCCCAAAGGAGAAAGUCAAGUCGGCUAAAGACCUAGUCUGCUUGGCCACUUUCGACAAUAACCAAAUCUACUGUGGCUUAGGCUGGAAAAAGAAAUACAAAGCACCGACUGACUUUUGCUUCGCCAUCAAACACCCCCGACUCCAAGAACCCAAAUCAACCAAGUACAUCAAAUAUCUUUGUGCCGAAGACCAGCAAAGUCUCGAACGUUGGAUGGUGGGUAUGAGGAUAGCCAAGUACGGCAAGCAACUCAUGGACAACUACCGGGCUCUAAUGGACGAACUCGCGCAAGAAGACCUCGACAUGUUGGCCCAUGCCCGAAGUUGUUCAGUUAGUUCAAUCGCGCUCCAGUCCAAUGUGACCACCCCUUCACAGGGGUACCCCAGUAGCGAGGCCGGUUACGGCACCCAAAGCGAGACCUACUCAGCCCCCAGUGAGGCGAGCUCUGGCCGCCACAGCCGGGCGAGUAGUUCCAGCUCGUCGGGGUGCAUGUCAGAUGGGGCACCUUCAAGCUGCGAAAACGCCUUCGAUUCCGAGUUUCCCAUGGGUACCAUCAAGCGCAAACCGAGCAUGAAGCCCAGUCUCCCGCUCACAAAUAUAACACGGCAGUUGAAAGAGGUCGGGGAAACCCGGGACGAAAUCGAUGGUACUGCCCUCCCUUCAAGCCCCAUUAACUCGGGGACGCUGACGCGGCGUCACAGUCGCAGGAAAUCCAGCAAUUCUACUGACGAUUCGUCAAAUUCGGGGACUUUGAAAAGACAGCACUCGUACAAAGCGAGGGGUUCUAUCGAGUCCAUGAGGAGUGGAAAUUCGACUCCUUUGUGUGGGACUCCGGUGAGAGAAAGGGCUAGUCCUUUUGCUGAACGGCCGCCAAGUGGCGGAUCUGUGAGGAGUCCAGUCAGUCCCACCAACAUGGAGAUGCCUUCAUGCAUGACCGAUUCGAUCACGUCACUGCCGCCACCGCCGGAAACCAACGGCGACGUGAUCACUGACUCGCCCUCGUACCAGCUCCCGCCGCCCCCACCGGAAGUAUACAAUUCGAACUUGUCGCUGGACAGCCUUCCGCCGCCACCCAACCCGAACGAACUGCCCCCAAUGACCGGCACCGAACUUACCGGAAGUCAAUUAUCGCUCAUGUCGUUGCCGCCGCCUCCAGGCGAACUCGAUACAAAUACAAUCCGUAAACGAAAAGACAGUGUAACCCCCACGAACGUCUUAAGCCCUGAUAGAACACCGACGAUGUCACCCGAUCAAACACCGACACAGUCUCGGCUAAAUACGCCGUGUUUUAGCCCCCCGUUGUCAAAUUGUAGUACUCCGACCCAGCAGAACCCCCCUGUUAGUUUCAAUUUGAAUCAAUACGUACAAAUUGCCGCACAAAAUCAUGACAGAAACGAGGUGAACGGAUACGUCCAAGCUCAACCACCGGCAUAUGUGAAUCCCCCAAACUACCGGCAGUCUAACACUCUCCCGGGGAACCCCCAGUUUAAUAACAACAACGGUUUGAGGUCAUCGUUACGACAAACGUCACUACCGAGACAGAUUUCCUCCAAUAGUAUAGCGAGUAACAGUUCGGGUUCGUCCGGAAACUCGUACGCCUACAAUCAGAACUCGCCUCACUUGCAACGUAAAGUCAACUUCCAGGACCCCUCAAGUCCGAAGAAGACGACAAAGAAGAUUAGUUUUAAUUUGGUGCCCCAGGAGGUGCCCCCUUUGCCCAAAAAACCGCCCCCACCCAAACGUUCCGAUAGUACGAAGUUAUCAAGUCCGAAAAAAUUGGUGGAGCCGCCGAUGGAUUUUCUCAAAGAUUUGCAAAGAGUGAUGAGGAAGAAGUGGCAAGUGGCCCAGAAGUGUAAACUAGAGCCCACUACCACGCCACACGAGGUGUUGGGGUUCCGGGAUCCCCCGAUUUUGCUCCCCGAUUACAAGGAACAUAACGUUUCCAACUGGGUGCAGGAGCAUUACGGUCCUAAUAACGUCUACGAGAACGUUUACAGGGAUAAUCCUGAUGCUGUGGUGGAGUACGCGACAAGCCCCGUUCAUGUCCGAAGUGAGUUCGGGAGCGGUCGGAAGCGGCCGCCGCCGCCGCCCCCAAAACGCAGCGAAACGACUCAUCUGAGUACGCAAAAAAUGCACUGAUGCUGCGUCUCGUAAUAUGGCUUUGAAAAAUAAACGCAUAUCAUAUAAUGGCUUUCGCAAUAUCCUAGUAGAAUUUUAUUUUUGGGGUCGGACGUAUGUAUGCUGCUUAUUUUUCAAGUGAUAUCUCGUUAUACUGCCAGCAAUCCCUGCCUAAUGGCUAUGUGAUUUAAAUUUAAAUGUGCCAUGUGAGUUAAGACACUUACGUUUUUGUAAAUAUUAUUCGCUCUUAGUGAAUUUCAUUGAAAUGUCAAAACGUUUAUGGUGCUUAUAGUUAUAAAAUAGAGUAGCGAAAUUGUGUUUUAUAAAUUUUAUAACCAUUUUUACCCAAAUUAUUUAACGAUUUUUAUAUAACAAGUUACAGGGUUGAAGUCAGUUAUUUAUUUUCUUGUUUUAUUUUUUUGUUCGUCUCAUUCUUUCUUUUGUAUAUAGUUUUUUAAUGUUCCAGCCGAUCAGGGCUCAAGUAAGUUAGAGUAAUAAGUGUACUUUGUAUGAUCCCCAAUUUUAUAAUCGUAUACAAGAUCUCCACAAUACCAUUGUCAUUUUUGUAUAUUUUAUACCAACUUAAAAUAUUUCUAGCGUAUUUAGAGGUAUCGACUUUUAGGUACUUGUAGAUUAAUUGUAGUCAAUGCAACAAAAACGAAAUCUAUAUUUAUCAAAAAUUUAGGAAAUUUAUUGCGUUUUUUAUGCGUUUCGUGUGCAAUUUUUAAAUUAUUGAAGUUAUAAGAAAUUAUAUAAAUUUUUCUUGGCACAAGAAUUUAUAAGGCGUUGUAGGCUAAAUCAAAUUGAUAUAUAUUUUAAGUAUUCAAAUCGGUAUAAAUAUUUUUUCUGGAUACUAAUCCUUCAAACUGAGUACUUUGUAUACAGUCUACCAUUUCUAUAUACUAGUUGUUAUCAUUAUAGUAUUAUAAUAAUAAAUAUAUUUAAAGAAA